GCUCAUCUGCUAAAGAACAGAAGCAAACAUGCAAUAAGCAACAAAGUCCGUUUCUAGUCAAUGAACAACUACUGGGUACAGGAACCAAUAACAGUACACUCUAUUGAUUUUUAUGACAAAAUAGUUGUUCUUAGCCCAAACCAGUAUGGGACAUUGGGACGUAUAUACAUUUUACGAGGGGCAUAACGGACUGGCUCAUCUGCUCAAGAACAGGAGAAGCCUUAUCAUAAGCAACACAUCACCUGUUUCUAGUCAAUGAAUAGUUGUAGUAUAAACAUUGACAAUGAACAAAUAAGUACAACAUUUACUAGGUGAAAAAAAGACUUGCUUGAUUAGAUAGAAAAAAGAAUGUAACCAAGUCUUUCUCCGGAGCAUAUGUCAGCCCACACUGAUCAAGACCUAUACAUAAAUUGUCUAGAGGCAGGCAAUAAAGCAGUGCGCGUUACCCAGAAUGUUAAUGGUGACCCACCACCCACUUCUUCCCAAAUCAAUCCACCUCUGAUGAGCUUGAUUGCGUAAAACCAUAAAGACAGUUACUUAUGGUCUCUCCAGAGUUCAGACAGACCUUCUUCCCUAAAUGUCAAAUGGAAUGGACCCUCACACACAUUCCCAUUGAUUUCUGGCUCAUAUUUGAUGUCAGAUGGGACUUGUUUCUUUCCUAAUAGCUUGAAUCAACACCACCAAACCUGUCACGCGUAGUCACAGUAAGAGAAAUAAAGGUUACUUUGAAAAUAAGGAAAAGAAAGUAGAACUUGUAGAUCUUAAGAUAAGAUGGAAUCCAUCAGGGAUAUACAAGAGAUCAAUCCAGGCACUUUUUAGAUAUCUCGAUUGAUUUGCAGUCAUACUAGACUUAUGAGGCAUGCAAUAUGGAGCCAACAUGCACUUCGCAUUAAAGUGAUGUUUCAUAGCUUCACAUGGCAUAUGCCCGACUCUUUCUGAGUGAUGCUUCACACAUUAAGAUAAGCCAACACAUGGAAGAGCCUAACAUGUUUACCUUGUAUCAUGAGGAAAUCCUGUAUCUCUUUAUAUAUCCUAUUAUCCUUUUCAAAAGCAAGCAGCAUUAGCCUUUUUUUUUUUUUUAAUCUGAAUUGAAGAAACCGUACUUCAUAGCGAGCAGGUGUCUGCUGCUUGAAUGUUAUAUGUUGGGCAUGGUGUCUGCUAACUAAAGCUACUGUAACGCACACAACUCACAAGGAGCUGCAAUUUGUUACAAUGAUUGAUCUCUUGACAGAGAUUGCCGGUAACAAAUGGUCAUAAAUGAUGAUGCAACCAAAUUAUGAAUUGCCACAUGGCAUUGGUUAUUCUAUCAUUCUAUCCAGAAGGAUAUGUCAUAAUUUAGCUGGUAUGCUGUAUUUUAAAUUCACUGACUUUUGUUGUUUACUCAUAAUGCAUUAAGAAGACAUAUGUCUGAGGCCGAUCAUAAAUUGGAAGUUUGUUUCGUAGAAUGUGAAGGGAAAAGGACAUGUGGGGGAAGAAUAAGCAGUUUUUACUGCUUCAUGAUUGAUGACAGGACAAGUUGGCACAUUAGGAUACAUAGCCCUGCACUUCGUAUAUAUCAGCAUAUGCAGAAGUAAUUUCAGAGGAUACAGCUCCACUAGUCAGUUUCAUCUUCAGCUUUGCCAGUUACAAAUGUAUUAUUAAUUAAUAUCUCACGCAAGAGCAAGCAAAAUGGAAAGAACAACAGUGAUGAAGACCUUUCAUGGGAACCUGAUUCCUCCCAAGUCUCCUGCUCUGAGAGAUAGAGAUGCAUCUUUCUUUUAUCUGAGGCCCGAUGAGGCAAUUAGUUGCCAGCGACAUCUCCCCGUUGGCCUUGGUGGAUGUAGAGCCCUUGAUGAUUCUGAGCUCAGUAUAUUUGAUGCCCACAAGUAUUUCAACGAAGCAACCAACAAUGACAUGCAAAAGGUAAGCAUUAGCAGCAACAGUAGAGUAUCUCCACUGGUUAAUUUGAAUGUCGAACACAAUCCGGAGCGGGGUGGUACUAUUACGGAGCCCAGACGAUACUCCUCUGCUUCAUCUAUUGAAGGUUAUUCUAACAUCAGGAACUACAGAGCACGUUCUUUCCAUGCUGCAACUCCAACAGCCUCUUCAGAAGCCAGUUGGAAUAGCCAAACUGGUUUGCUCUCUCAUCCUCCAGGAGCUAUUUCAGUCUCUAUGAGGAACCCACCUCAUCCCACUGAUCCCAACAGGAAGCUCAGAGAUUCAUUGUGUAAACCCAUGUGGUUUUUUCGAAGAAAAUGUCCUUGCUCUGGUAAGAAAUCCGUUGAGGUGAAGGAAAAUAAAUUAGAGAACAAAACCCAAAUGGCACAAACACCACCAGCUCCACCACGUUUAUCACACAGCCAAAUCACCAGAGAUUCUCUGAACCUCAAAAGGCAGGACCUAGAUAGCCCCGAUUUCAAGACGCCAAUAGACAAGUUUACAAUGAACAUGGAGACGGUCACGGCAGCGGCUAAUAAUCCUGAAAACCAAAAGAUUCCGAUUCCCAUCAUACACAGCAGCAACUGGGUGGACCAGAGACCGUUAGACCAGGAAAUGUUUGUCGCCCAGUCUCAAAGACACCAAUCAGCUGGAACUCGAGUUCCUGCAAUUUUGCAGCCUCCACGAUUCCUCACCUCCGCCAGACCCUUCGCUGAUGGCUUCACCUUCCCUGUAUUGAAACCACAGUCAGAAAAGCCCACCACAGCAUUACAGAACGUGAACGAGGUCGAUGAAGAUCCACGCCGGGAAUCCUUGGAAAUUUUCCGACCUCCCGACAUCGAACUCGACUCUGUUCCACGAAAACCCAACGACAGAGGUCGCCAGAAUUUCCCAUUCCCCCCAAGCCCCAAGUCACGAAUCAUCGACGACGACGUAGCAAGCGACGCAAGCUCCGAUCUAUUCGAAAUAGAGAGCUUCUCCACCCAGACCACAUCGACAUGCCCAAUCAUGUAUCGGCGAAGAGACUCCCUCGACGACGUCACCACAUUCGACGCAAAACGAUUAGGCACCAACAACAACCACAGCUACCUGUUCGGCAGGCGAAGCAUGGAUUCAACAACACCCACAAUAACCGAGUGCUACGAGCCAAGCGAGGCGAGCAUCGACUGGAGCGUGACAACCGCAGAAGGGUUCGACAGAGCAAGCGCGGUCAACUUCUCAGCGAGCGCAUCGGAGAUAGCGGACGACGCGGGCAUCGUGCAUGGCGGUGGGGAGGUUCAGCCGGCAGAGAAGUGGAAACGGAAAGGAUCAUCGGGAAACGGGAUGUCGUUGCUGAGCUGUAGGAGCCAGAAGGCAGUGAACGUAGGGCCACAGCCGGUGAGGGCGGUGGAGGCAGGAGAGGGACAGAGAGGGGCCACCAACAGUAUAGCGUCGUCGAGGCAAGGGCAUGUGAGUAGUGGGGUAGGCGCUGUAAAUAACGCACCGCAUGGAAGCUCCCACACAGCUCGCGUGUCUCUUCCCUACGCAACAUAGCCAUUUGAUGGCCGGGGUCGUAUUGCGAUCUGCUUCUUGUCUGCAGUGAAAUGCGUUGCGUUGUUAUGGCUCUCCAUUGCAGACAUAUCCGUUCCCUCCCCUUUGAUCCCCCUCCCGGAAUAAAUGAUCUUAUUAUCGUA